AUGAAUCUCACUGCUGCUGAAGCUCAAGUGUGUCCGUGUAACUGCAGACUUGCGACGAUCAAGCCUCAUCCACCACCAUCAGCAUCAGGCGGGACAAUGAGACGAAAGGGCUUUCAAGCUGCAUCUACUGUAUUUGUCCCGCUGAUGUGCCUAGUAGCUUUAAUGCUCUUGCCGUCGACGUGUCUGACGACAGCAGCGUCGACUGUCGUGGACAGACCUGCACAGACUUGCGGUUCAGACAAGCUUAUCGUGUAUCGGGUGACGCUCGAAACCUUCUGGUCUCCUGCUGCUUUCCCGAAACAUUAUCCCAAGUGGCGGCCGCCUGCGCAAUGGUCCAAGGUUAUUGGAAGGUCACAUGGAGAUGAUUUCGAGCUCUUCCGCGUCGGCAAAUUGGCAUCGAAGGGUUUGCAAAUGUUUGCGGAACGCGGUGCAUCGGAAGUGAUCGACAUUCAAUCUCAGGGUUCUGGCGGGGUCUACGACGAAUUCAAUGCACCUCCGAUCCCCCAGGGCGAAGGGAAAUCUGUGGCCGAAUUCUUUGUUGACGGAGCUCAUCCGAAGGUCUCAAUAGUUUCCCGAAUGGUUCCUUCGCCCGACUGGUUUAUCGGAGUCGACAGCUUCGACCUUUGCCCUCAUGGACAAUGGCUGGACAAUUUCACCGUCAACGUUGAUCCUCUGGACGCUGGAACGGACAAGGGAUUAACAUUCAGUUCGCCGAAUUGGGCAGAGGAGCCGAAUGUUCCGAUCACGGUCAUGACUUCCUCGUUGCCGGCUCAUCCCGCUGCUUCCUUCAACUAUCCAGACAAGAAGAAACUGCCUCCAAUUGCCGCCUUCACAUUCCUGAGGGUGAAGGAGUACGAGCUGAGCCAGGUGUUCACCCAGGACGAGAUCGAGGACAAAGAACUUGCCAAAGUGCUUUCGUCGACGAAUUCCAGAGACACCCCGAUGCCCAGGUUCUUUUUAGGGUCGAUGAGUUUACCUAUGAAGUCCAUGUUGCACAAAAGUAGCUGGUGCCUUAGCCUACUUGGCCUUGGGCCCUAUUUGCUGGAUGGGACUCAAGCGAAUAAUCCCGAGCCUGUGACGAUGCGCCAGAUGGUUCCGCAGCAGAAGAAAAUCCCAGCCAUGUACGAUUUCGGCACGGGUUCGAUCCCAGCUCAGAAACCCACACCGGAAUCAUCGCCCAUUCAAGACGCAACCCCGAAACCGACUCCUGUGUUGUCUGGUGACAGUCACGUCAAAGUGGAGCCCGAAUGGGAACGGGGAUCCUUGUUCAUCAGUUCGCCGAAACCGACAACACGAAGCGUUGCUGUCGUGAAAGACGAGAAUAUUGUCGUCACCGGGAAACCGAUUGCGGAAAAAUUUGCAAUGAACAAUGAGGAGAACGAAAUAAGCUCUGCCGUUCCUGGAGGCUUGAAACUGCGCAAACACCGGAAGGGAAAUCGGCAGCGUCACCGCAAGCCCAGGGAUUGCAAAGUCAGUGAAUGGAGUGAAUGGUCAGUGUGCAGCAAACCAUGUGGUGUCGGCGAAAUGGCGAGAACUCGUCAGGUCUUGAAGCACCCGCGUCGAGGUGGCAAAGAAUGCCCUCCACUCACCGAGAAGAAAUUCUGCGGAAAUUUCAGAACCUGUUACAAGAGACGCUAUUUCAACUGGGCUCGAUGAAAAAUGAUACAGGGAAUUGUUUUUUUCUCUUUUUUGCGAGAAGAAACGGUUCUUCCUUUUUUGCAGCAUUUUUUUUUUCUUCUGUGAAUGCAGGAUGCGUUCUGACUCUGAAAGAGCCGAAGAAAUAUUAGACGAAGCCUGAGAUGUCACUUAGCGUUUCUCAGGAAACAAUGGUUUGAUUGUGUUACGUGUGAAGUAGAAAACGAUUGAUUUUACAUUGUUUUUUGUACGAUUUGCCUCGGAUAUUUAAUGUCUCGGGCCAUUAUUAAUCAAGGUUUUGUCAUACGAGUAUACUGCUGUACUGUACAUUAUCAAGUUUUUCACGCAAAGAAAGCGAAUCGUUGUCGGUCUUCCAUCGAAGAUGAGACUCUUGCUGACAAUCACUGCCUUUAACAGGAAAUCGAAAGUACGCUUUCUUUUUUUUUCGACAUACCUUAAUCAGUUACAGCAAAUUUUAUUCUGCCAGUAUUCAGCACUGUGAUACCGGCGCUAAUUGGCAAAAAUUCGUUUUUUCGGGAUCCUGUGAAAUUGGUUGAUGAACGUGUGAUUGUUUUUGGAUGGAAUUACGUUUUUAUUCCGCCACUGUUAACUUUCGGCGCAUCAGUGAAGACGAAAUACUGUAGGUGCCAAAAAGCGUGAGACUAGAAUUAAUCGGUUGGAAGUCCUGAAACUCAUCGUGAUGAAGUUUUUGGAGGGCGCAGGGGCAAAUUUUUGCGAUUUAAAGCUGAACCUGAGAAAAAUGAAUAUUGUUUUGUUAUUUAAUUGGACGAAUAAAAAACCGAAUUCAAAAUACAACUACA